AUGCUCAAGGCCGUGAUCAGCGGACGUGACAAGUCGUUCACAUCUCAAAGCUCGGCCCACAGCGUAGCAACAGGUAUCACUACAGCUUCGGGUAUGUCAAGUGCUUUUCGUGCUGUAGAGGCGUCGAAGGAGCGCGAGUCAGGUUUUGCAGCAGCUGACAAGUUGGUAUCCGAAGAAUGUGUAGCGGAGAAGGCGCAGCCAGAGCUAACUAAUGAGAAGCCCGAGCGAUACUCAAACGAUCCGUUUUAUCUGGGCAUGUCGAGCCCAUCAUCUAGCAGCAGUAGGACUAUAAGUACUGGAGUAGAGUGGUGUGGCUCAAGUAGCCGCCGUGGACUUAUGAGCCCCUUGCAAACACAACGAACGACGGCAUCGAUACGUUCCUUCGUCACUUGUAGGAUAUCCUCAAACAUGUCCAUUGUCAUUAGAAAGCAAGCGAUGCAGUAG